GUUGAAUUGCUUCAAGUUACCAAUCCGGGAUUGAGAAUCUCACAUUGCCACUUGUCCGUGAAAAGCCUAUUAUCUCCUGGUGGUAUUGCAUUUCAAAAUCCCGAGCACCACUCACAAAACCUGGCCUGUAUAUAAACAAAAAAAUGUUUAUGAGAGACGACGCUAAUCAGAACAGUCUUCGAUGUGGUUCUUCUAGCAAACUCUGUUGUCCGCAGUCACCGGAAAGGAAGACAAGUGACGACGGCAGCACUAGCGCCUCGCGAUCAAUCUCAGACGUCGACUCCCAAAAUUCCUCCUUCAUGGCCAGCUCCUCCAGUAUGCCUGACUGGACGGUUUUCCCCUGCAUUCAUCCAGUUUGA